AUGAACUCUUCAGGCAUCGCCCAGAACGGAUGGACAGCCGUCCCUAUUGACGCCGGCAGGAUCUUCCACACUGGGCCCUACCUCAAUACGCCCAAUUACAUCAAUCUCGAGACCAUCAAGUUCCCCUCGCAGGACCCCAUCGUCCUCAAGACUCAGGAACAUGUCGAGACACACCUUCUAAAGCAGACUUAUAAUCACUCAAUGAGGGUCUACUGUUGGUCGACCGUUAUUCUCCGACAACAGUUCCCCGAACACGCAGCCACACUUUCACCCUCGACUCUUGCAUUGGCUUGUCUGUUGCACGACAUUGGCACAACCGAACACAACAUGAAUUCUACCCGUCUCUCGUUCGAGUUUCAAGGUGGCUUUCAAGCUCUCAACCUUCUGGGGGAGUACGGUUCGACCAAGGACCAGGCCGAGGCCGUCUGCGAAACCAUCAUUCGUCAUCAGGACCUUGGUACAGAAGGCAACAUUACUUUCCUGGGGCAGUUGAUUCAGCUGUCCACUAUCUACGACAACGUGGGCGAUCAUCCCUCGGUCAAGGACUUUGAUCAGAUCAUCCACGAGAAAACCCGGGAGGAGGUCAACAAGGCGUUUCCCCGUGAUGGCUGGCUGGGGUGCUUCGCCGAGACUAUUCGCAAAGAAGAGACUAUGAAGCCCUGGUGUCAUACAACACAUAUCCCAGACUUUGCUGAAAAGGUUGAAGGGAACAAGCUUAUGAGGCAAUAUGAGUAG